AUGUAAGCAGUAAUAAAAAUCUCUUGCCUGCCUGUAAAUCUGAAAUCACAUUUUCUAUAAAAUCCGUAAAUAAUCUUUAAACCGCUGUUUUUCAAGGAUAUAAAUAGUAAUUGAUUCUAAAAAUAUUUUUUAAACAUAAAAUAUAUGUUGUAUAAAUGAAAAAAUGUAGUGCAACAUAACCUCAAAAACGUGAAACUCAUAUAUAGUGGUGUAAGUUAAUAAAGAAUUAUGUCAAUGGUUUAUAUAAAAAUUGUGUUUAAUAUAAAUUAGAAAAUGUUGAGGAUAUUAUUAAUAGAGAAAAAAACAAAUUGACGAAAUGAGGAAAAUUGAAAAAGUUUUUUGUUUUGAGAGUUCUAAAACUCGAAAUUGGACUUGAGAUGCGGAUUUCUUUUGACGUUUUUGCCUAUUAUAUAUGUGAUUAUAAUCUAAAAAGUAAUUAAAAAGUAAUCAACAAAAUGUGGAUGAGUCUAAUUUUUCAAGAUGACAUUUUUCAAGUCAUUAUGUGUUGAUUUAACAAUAGUUUGAGCCUGUCUAGUGCUUCAAUGGCUUGUGUGUCUCGAAGAAGGUGAUCAACGUUGAAAUGGCAAUAUCUAGCUGGAUGAUAUGGGGUAGAAGCCUUCGUAGUAGUAGACCUCAUCGAAGUCGACAGGAUAACGAAGACCGCUGUGUGAAACUCGAUCUGUCAAAAGGUUUGAAUGAAAAUAUUAAAGAGGCUUUAAGUAAUCUCUGUCAACGGCAAGGAGUUUCGACUGGUAAAAAGCUCGCCUAUUUAAAUGCAUUCGUGAAGCUCAUUAGGGAAAAUGACGCCAACGAUAUUGGAUAUUCUGUUGAACAACUAUUUUGUUGUUUGCGUGUGGGACUUAUUCAUGAAGUUACACAGGUGCGUGCAGCGGCAUUGCGUGCUGUUCGUUAUAUGCUUAAAAAAGAGCAAGAUGUUGUGUCGAUCAACAAGCUGCAGUAUCCUUAUUUCUUGGCACGUAGUAUGGACAUCAAUCUUCGCACUGAAAUGGAAAGAAUACAAGCUUUACGUUUAGUACGAAGAAUAUUGGUACUUGCUCCAAGAUAUUUUAGUCCUGCUUUAGCAAGAUCACUGAUAAGUCUAACUAAUGGUGGUAUCGAUGAAAAGGAUCGUGGCUUUCAUGCCUUUUUCUCAACACUCUGUGAAUUAGGUGUUCUUAAUUCAAAUUUAUUGAUAAAUUGCGGUGGUAUAUCAACAUUGGCACGUGCCGCAAUGAAUGGUCAAAGUCCAUCAAUUAUUGAAUCGGCAGUUGGUGUUCUUCUUCGAUUAUUAUCAAGACCGGAGACAAGAAAUCAUGUUUCACUAUUUUGUCUGGCAACACCGUAUUGUGAAUUACAUUCACCAGGUUUGGAGCGACCAAGUGAAGAUCGACAACAAAAAUUUACUGCCAGUAAACAUGCACUUUUAAGUGUACUACGAUCAUUUUCGGGCGUUAUUCAUUUUUGUAAUCCAAAUCAUACAUCGGGAUUGAAAUCAAUUGUUAAUAUACUUUAUGUGGAACAACAGGAUGUUAGAGGAGCGGUUCUUGAACUUUUCUAUGAAUUAUUGGGAAUACCAUUGCCAUUGUGGACAGAUGAACCGGAUGUUGCACUAUCGGCCGUUGAUCCAAAUCGAGUACGUGAGACAUGGAAAUUAUCCGAAGGUUUCAUUGCCGCUGAGGGAAAAACAAUACUUCCUUCAUUAAUGUCACGAAGUCCAAAUAUCACUGAAAUGCAUCUUGCACUAUUGGUCUAUGUACUUUUGGAAUGUGGUCUACAUAAAGCAUUGGCCGAGGCUAUUGUCACAUCGGAUACAUUUAUUUGUGUACGUGCUGCAAUUCUUCUUGGUGGACUUUUACAUUUAUCACAUUCACUACUUCCACCUGAGGUUUGUGAUCUUACGCCACCAUUGCCUAAUUUGGUGAUUCAUGCAAGUCGCGGUAAACAUCAAGCAUUGGCAGCUGUGACAAUACUUGGACGAAUGCAUUCAAUGAUGCGUGAACGACCAUCGCCAACGAGUCUUUUUCUCGAUCGAAUGAUACAAGGGGGAAAUUGGUUGAGAUCAACAAUACCAAAAACUGAUCUUCCAGUGACGCCGAAAAAUUGGCUUAGACGUGAAACAUCAUCAGCUGUACUUUUAAAAAAAUCACAAGUUCUCACACAACGCGAUGUACUUUCUUGGAAUUGGCCAAUUAUUCGUGCAAUUUUACAUUCACGUGAGGAUUAUUUUAAACUUCUUCAUGAUUCAGAUCAUCGAUUAUUUAUCAAGAAAUUGAUACGUUACUUUAAGCCAUCGUCAAAUCAAUUUAGUCGUGUUGAAUUGGGAAGAACGGCAACACUUGCACGUGAAUCAACAUUAGCUGGUAGUCAUUUAAUUAUUUGUCUAUUGGAAAUACCCGAGCCGGAUAGUACACGUUUUUUAAAUGAAUUGGUAGCUGAUAUUGCUAAUGAAAUUAGUGCAAUUCGUACAGUACAAUCGGCACAUGAUUGUUUAUUUUCACCACGUCAUAUGUCAACGACAUGUUGUCAAAAAUAUUUUCUCUUUCUUGGUCAAAUGAGUCAUUCAGCGAAAGGUACAGUGAUUCUUAAGAGUUUUAAUUUAUUGCAAAAAUUACAAGAUCUUGCAAUAACAACAAAUCAUGAUUGUUAUGUGAAAUUAAUAAUGUCAAGUUUAGAUUAUACUGGCAAUGGUGUUAAUCGAAAAGUAAUGAACAAAAUAAUAUCUGAAUCUUCAUUAGAGAGUACAAGACUUUAUGCAACACAAUUUUUACGAUGUAUAUUGAGGGCAAAAAUGAAGGAUGCUUUUCAAUGGGCAAUUACAAUUUUAUCGGAGAGAUUGUCUGAUUCAAGUAAAGCUGUUGCAUCGGCAGCUCUUGAUAUUCUUCAUGAAGCAUGCGAGGAACCACAAUAUUUGGAAGUUUUUUUUCAACAAAAUAAAGAUUGGGAUAAAAUAUUAUUGAAUUUGGGUGAUCGUGGUUAUUUAUUGAAAAUAAGACUCUAUUCUUUAAAAUCAGGUUUUGCGAGUCUCAGUUCACCGGCUGAGGAAUUGGAGAAAUGGAUGAAGAAUGGAGGAUUUGCUGAACGUUACGUUGGUUUAAUUGAAGGUGAAAUUCAUGAUUGUUUAACACGUAGACAACGUGCUGAAAAUGGUAGUUAUAUGCGAAGAAAUACUAAUAUUCCAAUUUCACCACGUGAUGUUUUUAUACCACCACAUUUAAUUGGUCAAUUAGUGCAACAUGAAUUGGGAUUACAAUUGUUAAUGAGACGUAAUGUUUUACAAAGAUUCGCUCGAGUUGUACAGAGAUUUCGCUAUGAAUUUGGAAUGUGUGAACAGGAAGUGAAUUUGAAAAAUAUAAUGAAAGGAAGUCGUUCAAUAAUUGAAGAUUCUUAUUUGGUAUCAGAAGAAUCGGGAACCGAUGAGGCUGCCGAAUCAACACGUUUGGAAACGAUUAUUGAUUCGGAAGUGAUGGAAUUGUCAGAGAGUCAUCAACCACCGCAAAAAGCUGAUUCUCUUGUUGAAAUAAGAAGGAAAUUAAGUUUAGAUGAAUCGAGACGCACAACACCGGAGAGAAGUUGGAAGGGUGGUGAAUCGGAAAUACGUGAUGAAAAUUUAGUUUCUUUUGAAGGGAGAUUAUUGAGAGUGAAAGCGGCACUUUGGGUAUUGGGCCAUGCUGGAACAUCGGCCGAGGGAAUGGAGCAAUUGAAAAAUUUGGGAAUUAUUGAAAUGUUGACAUUAAUGGCAGAAACAUGUCCUUAUUAUGUGGUGCGUGCAACGGCAAUGUAUUCAUUGAGUUUGGUUAGUACAAAUCGUGCUGGCGCGGAUGUACUUACAACAUUGAAUUGGCCAUGCGUGAGAUUUAAAAGAGGUGAAGAAUGGCCUGUUGUGCAACCAAGUGUUCCCUGUCAAUCACCUAGUCCACCACCUGUUCAACGACAUCAUCGAAGUCUCAGCGAUGGUAAACCCGAAUUUCCCGAACCAGUUAUUCGAAGAACGAGAAAUCGAUCAGAGAGCGCGGCUACUGAAUUGGAAGUUCGACGACUCAUUCUUCCAGAAAGAGGCGAGACUCCGAGUCCAGUAUCCAGUGUUCAGAGAUUAAGUCAACAAGAUGCUGAGGGUUAUGCUCGACUUCGUACUAUUCAACGAUAUCGUAGGCCGAGUUUUUCUCAAAGCAGUUUAGAGAUGUAUAGUUCAGAUGGUAGACUUUCAUUGCAGAGUUUGUCUGAAUUUGAAUUUUCACGAAGUUGGAUUGCUGAAAGUAUUUUGUCAUCAACACCACCACCACCGACACUGCCACCACCGACUGAUAAUGAUAAAUCAUCAUACAUGGGUAUUUGCCUUCCGAGGAAACUUACGACAAUGUUUCCCAUUCCCAGUAGAUCAUCUUUAAAGGGUAAUAAAAUGGAAGAAAAAUCAAAAAUUGAUUCAUGUGGCGCCGAUGAGGAAUCAGGUUCGGAAUAUGAUGUCACCGGUGAUCAUAAUCGUGUGUGCCUAAUUUGUUACACUGGAACAAAUAAUAUUAAAGAUACUGAUACGGAAUCAAAAAUCACAAGGGAUAUAUUUAAACACGUGCAGCGUCUUGCAAAUCCUGUAUUAUAUAAGCAUAGUAAACAAACAUUGUUAACAUUGCGUCAGAGGUAUCCAGAGAAAUUUCAAAAUGUUUGUAUAUUUUCCGAGGUUUCUGCUCGCUUAGGAAGUAAUACUUACAGAAUACCGGCUCGUCGAUUUUUGCAAGAAUUAUUUUUAGAUUCUUCAUUUGAUGCGCUGUAUAAAGAGCCAGCGGAGAUAUUGAGUAUUACGUUAGAUAUUGAAGAGAAAUCAGUUCCUACUUCGCCUUCGGAUAAUUCACGUCCAUCGGUAAAGCCUUCAGAGACUAAAAUUAAUGGUAGAGUGACACCGUUGUGUCUUCAAAAUGAUCCAUUGACUGCGGUGCAGGAAGAGGCAACUGGACAGCCUCGAAUUGUUUAUCCACAAAUUAAAAAAGAAACGUCACUUAUCACCGAGGAGAGAUUGAGUGAUGAGAAAAUCAUUGCUGAAAUUCUUAAACCAGAAGAAAGGAUACGAGUGGCAAAGAGUUCCGAUAAAAUUUUAAAGGUAACAGGUACAAAUACUGCCAUAAACCUUGAAUAGUACUUCUUGAUAUUUCAGCAUCUGUACAUAUUUUUAUAUUAAACGAAAAAAAAAAAUCAAUUUCGCCGUACAAAAAAUAAAAUAAAAUAAAACGGGAACUGCCACAAUGACA